CCUUGUAGCCAAACAACCCGCUUUGUAUGAGGAGAGACCCUGAGAGAGUUCUCUUUCUCUCUCUACACGCUCUCUCUAGUUUCUCUCUCUGGAAAUAGCUGAUCUGUAUUACAUUGUUGGAGUCUAGUUCGUGGAUUUGCCCCUCUAUUGCAUAAGUGGCAGGUUAUUGAAGUGCUUCAAUCAUGUUCGGGCGUCCCCCAAGGAGGAGUGAUAGCACCAAGUACUAUGAUGUUCUUGGAGUUUCAAAAAAUGCCAAUCAAGAUGAACUGAAGAAGGCAUAUAAAAAGGCUGCCAUAAAGAACCACCCAGACAAGGGUGGAGACCCGGAGAAGUUCAAGGAGUUGUCUCAAGCUUAUGAUGUUCUUAGCGAUCCAGAUAAAAGAGAAAUCUAUGACCAAUAUGGUGAAGAUGGGCUUAAAGAGGGAAUGGGAGGAGGUGGCGGCUUUCAUAAUCCAGUUGAUAUAUUUGAAUCAUUUUUUGGUGGAGGAGCUUUUGGUGGUGGUGGUAGCUCAAGAGGAAGAAGGCAGAAACGAGGUGAAGAUGUUGUGCAUACUUUGAAGGUUUCUUUGGAGGACUUGUAUAAUGGCACAUCAAAGAAAUUAUCUCUAUCAAGGAAUGUUAUGUGCCCAAAAUGUAAAGGGAAAGGUUCAAAGAGUGGGGCAUCUGGGAGAUGUUAUGGCUGCCAAGGUUCAGGAAUGAAGAUUACAACCCGACAGAUUGCACCAGGCAUGAUUCAACAAAUGCAACAUGUCUGUCAUGAAUGCAGAGGGUCAGGUGAGGUUAUUAGUGAGAGAGAUAGGUGCCCCCAGUGCAAAGGAAACAAGGUUGCUACGGAAAAGAAGGUACUGGAGGUGCAUGUUGAGAAGGGAAUGCAGCAUGGUGAGAGGAUUGUGUUUCAAGGAGAAGCUGAUCAAGCGCCUGAUACGAUUACAGGAGACAUUGUUUUUGUGUUGCAACUGAAGGACCAUGCCAAGUUCAAGCGGAAAUAUGACGAUCUCUACGUAGAGCAUACCCUCAGUUUAACAGAGGCCCUCUGUGGGUUUCAGUUUGCUCUGACUCAUCUUGAUGGCAGACAGCUUCUGAUUAAAUCAAACCCUGGCGAGAUCAUCAAACCAGAUCAAUACAAAGCAAUCAAUGAUGAGGGAAUGCCGCACCACCAAAGACCCUUCAUGAAGGGUAAGCUUUACAUCCAUUUUGAUGUGGAGUUCCCGGAGUCUGGAAUUCUAUCCCCUGAUCAAUGCAAGGCUUUGGAGUCGAUCCUACCUCAAAAGCGGAGCAAGCAAAUAUCAGCAAUGGAGGUAGACGAGGCUGAGGAGACAACAUUGUAUGAUGUGAACAUCGAGGAAGAGAUGAGGCGGAAGCAGCAGCAACAGCAACACGAGGCGUAUGAUGAGGACGAUGAUGAUUUUGGAGCACCUCGGGUGCAGUGCGCCCAGCAAUGAAAAGGUCAUAAGAGGACAUCCUCUAUGUUUGGAUUUAGGAAUCUGUACGCAGUUCUGCAUCUUAUUAUUUGUCUUGUUUAAACCAUAAUAUAGGGCAAUUUUUUUGUUCCUGAAUCUCAUGUUAUUGGGUUACAGUUGUCACAAACUUCCUACAGUAGAAUUAAGGUCCAACCUUAUCAUAUACAAAUCAUUAAUUUGCUUAAAAACCUAAUGGCUUGGGGAUGAAGGUGAUUGUUGUUUUA